GUAUAGAAACCGAACUGUCAUGUGGACGUGUCCGUUUCAAUCUGUUGAUAGUUUUAGAAGAAGUUAUUCGAGGUAGACGACGGAUUUGAAUUGUAUUUUUGAGGUCGUAAAACUGUAAAUACGUAUACAAAUUGAGAAUGCGAUGCCAGCGCGUAGACGACACGUUGGCUCUGAGCUAGAUCAUGAUUUCGUAAUCACAACCUCAAACAGCUCCUGGCGGGGCAGUACCAUAAGUCAACAGCAUAACAAUGAAAGUGAAGGGUGCAAUUUAACGGAGAACGAGAAAAAGCAAACGGACAUCAUACCAGCGACAAUGACGUCGCGCGACAGGACCAAUGAAUUCGUUAAUGCUAUUCGGACAAUGCAAAGCAGGACCGUCACGCAGGCGGCAGUCUUGCAGAAUCCUCGUCGAGCACGCCAAUUACAGAGUUACUCGAAUUUUAUGAUGAUAGCUAAGAGUAUCGGGAAAAAUAUAACGAGCACGUAUACCAAGCUAGAAAAGCUUGCCCUAUUGGCGAAGAGGAAAUCUAUAUUUAACGACAGACAAAUGGAAAUUGAAGAGUUAACGAAUAUCAUAAAAACAGAUUUAAAGAGUUUAAAUUAUCAAAUAGGAAAGUUACAGGAGCUUGGAAAAAAGCAAAGAGAUGGGUACGGCGCAUCUCAAAGUCAUCACAUAGCCUCGCAUUCGUCUUCUAUUGUUAUGGCCUUACAAUCAAAACUGGCAAAUAUGUCGACACAUUUUAAAAAUGUAUUAGAAGUGCGUUCAGAGAAUAUGAGAGAGGAACAGAGUAGAAGACAGCAGUUCACACAAGGCUCUGUAUCUACAAUGUUACCGCCAAGCGUUGCUGGGAAACAAGGGUCAUUGUUGUUUCAGGAACAAGAAUCUGCUUCGUCAGUAACUAUAGAUCUGGAGCCAGCUAUAGGGCAAUUAUCAUUACAGCAUGCAAUUCACGAUGAUACUGAAGCAUACGUUCAAUCGAGAGCAGAGACAAUGCAAAAUAUAGAAUCUACUAUCAUUGAACUUGGUGGAAUUUUUCAACAAUUAGCGCACAUGGUCAAAGAACAAGAAGAAAUGGUGGAGAGGAUAGAUAGCAAUAUAGAAGAUACAGAAUUGAACGUGGAAGCAGCACAUGCAGAAAUCUUAAAAUAUUUCCAAUCCGUAACAAACAACAGGUGGUUAAUGAUAAAAAUAUUUGCGGUCCUUAUAUUUUUCUUUAUAUUUUUUGUAGUGUUUCUGGCAUAAAAUAAUUGUUACAUUACUAUGCAUAUUUCUUUACGCAACUUUGUAGUUGACCAUCCAUAUCUAUUACUUAUAAUAUAAGAUCCAAGUGCAAGACGAAUUUUUAUAAAAUUAUGAUUCAUUAGCUAUAGAAUAAUAAUAUAUUUAUUGCAUUCCUUGACCUCCGUUGAAUUGUGAAUACUGUAAGUAUUAAUUAUUAAAAGGUUCACCAAUGUAGCCUACAGGGUACAUUGUUGUAUGUAAAAUGUAAAAAGGAAA